AUGAACAGCUGUAUUGAAGUUGCUCACAGAGUGAACUGCUUCAGACUGAGAAGAGAGGAGGACUUCAGAGGUUGUUCUUCCUUCAGGGCUGCAGCCAUGCAGCAGGAGCUGUUGUUCAAAGUGUUGGUCAUCGGGGACCUGGGGGUCGGGAAGACGUCCAUCAUCAAGCGGUACGUCCAUCAGAUCUUCUCCCAGCACUACAGAGCCACCAUCGGGGUGGACUUCGCUCUGAAGGUGCUGCAGUGGGACCACGACACAGUGAUCCGGCUGCAGCUGUGGGACAUAGCAGGACAGGAGCGGUACGGGAACAUGACUCGUGUCUAUUACCGGGAGGCGGUGGGAGCACUUGUGGUGUUUGACGUAUCGAGGGCCUCUACGUUCGAUGCUGUGCUGAAGUGGAAAGACGACCUGGACUCAAAGGUGACUCUAAACAAUGGGAGGCCAGUUCCCGCUGUGCUCUUGGCCAACAAGUCCGACCAACUGGGUUCCCAGCAGCCCAAACUCGACUCCUUCUGCAGGGACAAUGGCUUCGUCAGCUGGUUCGAGACCUCUGCAAAGGAAAACACAAACAUCGAGGAGGCGGCCCGCUGCCUGAUCAAGCACAUCCUGGACAUAGAGGAGAGUCCGAUGUCAGAGCGAGACCCCAGCUCCCUCACCCUGUCCGGAUACGCCAACGCCACCAAGGAUCACCUCAAGUGCUCGUCAUGUUCGAAAUGGUGA